GGGAACGGGCGGUGCGCCCAUCCCGGGGUUUCCCUGCGGGAAUUGCUCGGCACGGAAGUGACGCGCGGCCGGGAAGUGACGGCGGCGGCGGCGGGAGCGCGGAGCGCGGGGCCGGUGCGGGCCAUGAACAGCCGCCUGCAGGAGAUCCGCGAGCGGCAGAAGCUCCGCCGCCAGCUCCUGGCGCAGCAGCUGGGGGCCGAGAACGCCGACAGCAUCGGCGCCGUGCUCAACAGCAAGGAUGAGCAGCGGGAGAUCGCGGAAACCAGGGAGACCUGCAGGGCUGCUUAUGAUACUUCUGCACCAAAUGCAAAACGUAAAUAUCCAGAUGAGGGAGAAGCUGAUGAGGAAGAGAUUGAAGAAUAUAAGGAUGAAGUAGAGCUGCAGCAAGAUGAAGAAAACCUGCCCUAUGAGGAAGAGAUUUACAAAGAUUCCAGUACCUUUCUUAAGGGCACUCAGAGCUUAAAUCCACACAAUGAUUACUGCCAGCACUUUGUGGAUACAGGACACAGACCCCAGAACUUCAUCAGAGACGUUGGCUUAGCAGAUAGGUUUGAAGAAUAUCCAAAACUUAGAGAGCUCAUCAGAUUGAAGGAUGAGCUGAUAUGUAAAUCUAACACUCCUCCCAUGUAUUUGCAAGCAGACUUGGAAGCCUUUGAUAUUAGGGAACUGAAGUCCAAAUUUGAUGUGAUUCUCCUGGAGCCACCACUGGAAGAAUAUUACCGAGAGACUGGCAUUACUGCCAAUGAAAAGUGCUGGACCUGGGAUGAUAUCAUGAAAUUGGAAAUUGAAGAAAUUGCAGCCCCAAGGUCAUUUGUGUUUCUGUGGUGCGGCUCAGGCGAGGGUCUGGAUCUCGGCCGAGUGUGUCUGCGCAAAUGGGGUUACAGAAGAUGUGAGGACAUUUGCUGGAUUAAAACAAAUAAGAACAACCCUGGCAAGACCAAGACUCUGGACCCCAAGGCUGUCUUCCAAAGAACCAAGGAGCACUGCCUCAUGGGCAUCAAGGGCACCGUGCGCCGCAGCACCGAUGGGGACUUCAUCCACGCCAACGUCGACAUCGACCUCAUCAUCACUGAGGAGCCUGAAAUCGGCAACAUAGAGAAACCCGUGGAGAUUUUUCACAUCAUUGAGCACUUCUGCCUGGGGCGGCGGCGGCUUCACCUCUUCGGGAGAGACAGCACAAUUCGACCAGGUUGGCUGACGGUGGGACCCACACUCACAAACAGCAACUUCAACGCAGAAACGUAUUCCUCGUAUUUCACGGCUCCCAAUUCGCACCUGACCGGCUGCACCGAGGAGAUCGAGAGGCUGCGGCCCAAGUCCCCGCCCCCCAAAUCCAAGUCCGACCGGGGUGGGGGUGCUCCCAGGGGAGGAGGAAGAGGAGGGACUUCGGCAGGACGGGGAGAAAGGGGCAGGGAGAGGAACAGAACCAACUUCCGCGGUGAGCGGGGAGGCUUCAGAGGGGGCCGUGGAGGGACCCAUCGAGGGGGCUUCCCCACCCGCUGAGGAGGUGACGGCUGCUUCCCCUGCCUACGCCUUGACUGGGAAUCUUCCCGUAGUCUUGUUUUUCCUACAGUGAAAAACUUCCUCCUUCCUCUGGGGACUCAAGCUAGAUGACUUUUAUUAUUGUUUUUGGUGCACGCCGUUCCAGAUAGGUCGGCCUUGCAGUCUCAGCCCUUUACACCACAGGUAGGAUGGAAAUUAUCCCCUUACUUUCCACUUAGGAACCUUGCAAGCUGGAGACUUCUAUUUCAGCUUCAUUUUCUCCAAAACAUGGAUUCCUCCUCCAUCAUUGGAGGUUUGGGUUUGGAUUGACUUGCAUUAAUAUGAUGGAGUGGGCAUGAAAUGCAGUUCUGAAUUGCAUGGCCACAGCAGACUUGCUGUCCUAUGGAAGAAAAAGUGCUGUGUCUGUACUGACACCUAUUUUAACUUCUCUGAAACCAAGGAGCAAAUAAAAUAAAUAGAAAUCUAUUUUUUCUUAUUUGGUUUAAACAUCCCAAAUUAUUCCUGGGAAUAGGAAAAGGUUAAUUUUUAAUUUGUGGUGUAUAUGCACUCACCUGUCAUGUCAGUAGUGGGGACAGUGGUAAUUCUGUGCAGGUGUCUGUUGUCCUUCCUGGAAAGCACCGAGUUGUGCAUUUAUGUGCAGCCCAGAAGUUGUGCCCAGGUCUGGGCUGCUCCUUGAGUGGGGAUCCUCCCCCAGUGUGUGUAACACCUUGUUCCUUGGGAGGGAAGAGCAGUGGCACUGCAGAGCCGUCCCAGAGACCUCGCUGGAGGGAGGGCUGCCCCGGGAGGUGCGUGAGUGUGUGAUUCCUGAAACAGGGAGCGCUGAGGGAACUGACUGCUGCCUUUCCCUGCCACUGUUGCCCAUCCAGUGCAGUGUGGAAAGAAAGUGACUCCCUUCCCUAGGUACAGUGUCUGUUUUUAGCAAAACCACAACUCUGAGCUUCUUGUGCAGUUCUUGGUAGGCUGAACAAACCCAGCUUUUGAUGUCUCAAUGUCUUAGGUGAGGGUUUUGGAAAACUGGCGUUUAAGUCUGAAUGUUUCUCCUGAAGCCCAGCUUUUAAAUGACUGUCCUGUAAAGAAGUGGAUUAUUAAACAUGUUUAUCAAAGCUGAUGUUUAAAUAUC